AUCGUUAGUUACCAACCAAUUGCCGGUGUAUUGCGCAUACUUAUCUCCACCUAGUGUAGUUAACUUUUAUUCACAUCAACAGCUUUUAAAGAUUUGAUUCUUUGUGAGAAAAAUUUAAUUCAUCAUUGUCAUUGAUUGUCAUUUCAUUGCCAUCUUUCAACCUGGUGAACCCUCUCCAUCUUUUUUCCAACCGACUAUCAUCGCUCUCUAGUACUCUGUUAAACAUGGCUGGUGUAAAAAUUGUCUCUACAUCAAAAUGCUUUGGUGGUCACCAAUUUGUUUACAGUCACAAAAGUUCUGAAUUAAAAUGUGAAAUGAAAUUUAGCCUCUAUAUUCCACCAGGUGCAUCUGAAACCAAUAAAUUACCGGUCCUCUAUUGGUUAUCUGGUUUAACAUGUACUGAACAAAAUUUCAUUAUCAAAUCUGGUUUCCAAAGGUAUGCUGCUGAGCAUAACCUUGUCGUCGUUGGUCCUGAUACAUCACCAAGAGAAUGUGGAGUUGAAGGCGAAGAUGAUGAUUGGAAAUUAGGAACUGGUGCUGGAUUUUACGUUGAUGCCACACAAGGCAAGUGGGUAAAAAAUUAUCGAAUGUAUUCCUAUGUGACAAAAGAGUUGAUAAAAGUUGUUGAAGACAACUUUAAAUUUGUCCUGCCUGGUGUAAGGUCGAUCAGCGGACACAGUAUGGGAGGUCAUGGCGCUCUCAUUUGUGCGCUUAAAAAUCCUGGUUUGUACAAAUCAUGUUCUGCUUUUGCUCCUAUUGCUAAUCCUAUGAGUACGCCUGUGGGUAAAGCCUGCUUGGAAGAGUAUUUAGGACCUGAUACCGAGGCUUGGAAAGAUUGGGAUGCAAGUCAAUUGGUUGCCAAGUACAAUGGGCCUCCUCUUCAUUUGAUUGUCGAACAGGGAAGUGAGGAUGAAUUCGCGCUAUUGGGUGAAAUCAUGAUUGAAAAAUUAACUGACGCUUGUAAAGCUGCUUCGUUACCCGUCGACUAUCGUCUUCGUGAUGGUUAUGAUCAUGGCUAUUUCUUUGUUUCAACCUUUAUUGGAGAGCACAUCAAGCACCAUACAACCAUUUUGAAAUCUUGAACAGAAAGGAUAACUGAAAAGGAUUGUACUUGUUUUUAAGAAUAAAUUGCAUUAACGCCCCUAGA